GCAGCUGCUAGGAAGCUUUUAGCUAGCCAGUCAAACAGCCAAGUAAAACCAUCCUCUGGGGCAGACAUUGAAGAAAGGACAUUGACAAAGAGAACUGUUGUCUCAUCUUUAUAUGCAUCAGAAUCUUCAUCAGGGCAAGAGUUUGCUUCAGUUACUCCCUUCAGAGCAUCAUCAAGGAUUGCUGCACUUAUAGAGAAGGAGAAAGAAGAAUCAUCCCGGCUAAGAGAGCAGCUGAAGUCAGAACUGCUGUCCAACAUCAUUACACCACCUCACCACAGGGUGGAUGCUGGAGUGGAAAGUAAACAGCCACAUUAUGAAUUCUUUGGACCACUUGGAGCUUUUCUGAUAAUCAUAUUAUUACCUGUUUUUCUGAUCUGGGUCAGCUUUGCUUGCUUACAGGGCAAAGCAGGUAUUUCAACUUUUUCUACACAGCAGAUAGCAUUGUUGUUUGAUGUUGAAGCAGCACUCAUAUAUCUGGCAUGGUUUUUCUUCCAAGCCUUGUUGGCUGUGCUGCCAGUUGGUUGUGUUGUGGAGGGACAGCCUCUUAAGUCUGGUGGUCGUCUGAAGUACAGGUGUAAUGGGAUGUUAGCUGCAGUCAUCAGUCUGCUGUUGUUAGGAGCAGCUGUCUAUUUCCAACUUCCAGUGACCAGCAUAGUUGACAAAUACAUUGGCCUGGUGACAACAGGCAUCAUCUUUAGCUUCAUCCUCAGUGCUUGUCUCUUUAUCAGUUCAACAUUUGUUAGCAAGAAGAAGCUGGCCCCAGGAGGUUGCACAGGUAACAUAGUUUAUGACUUCUUUGUUGGACGUGAGCUUAAUCCUCGUGUUGGUAUGUUGGAUUUGAAAUUCUUCCUUGAGCUGAGACCCGGCCUAAUUGGAUGGAUGAUUCUAGAUUGGAUUUUGGUGCUAAAAGCUUACCAAGAGACUGGUACAAUCCUUCCCAGUCUAAUAUUGGUCUCAAUGUUCCAGACACUUUACAUUUUAGACGCAUUGUGGUUUGAGGAUGCCUUCCUGACAACAUUGGAAAUUGCUCACGAUGGAUGUGGAUUUUUAUUAAUUUUUGGUGGCUUGGCCUGGAUGCCCUUCUUCUACAGUCUUCAACCUCUGUACCUUUAUCGGAACUCAUUUACACUGCCUUGGUACUGCCUGGUUCCAAUAGCCUUGCUCCAAAUUGUGGGCUUCUAUAUAUAUCGAAAGUCGCAGUUAGAGAAGAUUCAUUUUAAGAGAGACAUAAAACACCACACAACUUCAGCAUUUGAUUCAUUACCUACAGAAACCAGCAGAAGAAUCCUAAUAUCAGGUUGGUGGAGCGUGUGUCAGAAACCGAUGUAUCUUGGUGAUCUCAUGUUGACAUUGUCAUGGUCACUUACCACAGGAUUUGGAAGCCUCAUCCCCUACUUUUAUGUCAUCUACUUGUUGGUCUUCCUGGUCUACCGUGAACGACGUGAUGAUGCCAAAUGCAGGAAGAAGUAUGGUGCCAGUUGGGACCGGUACUGUCAACAAGUCAAGUACAGAAUUGUCCCCUAUAUUUACUAG